GUAGGUUUUUUUCUUGGCCCUUCCUGAGUUCGAGGCCCAGUCUCCCUUGAUUUCCCUGGCCCACCCCACGCCCCUUCUGGUACCCAGUACACCUCACAAACACCCACUCGGUGACUUCUGAAGAAAAUAAACGUCCAGCCGUGAUUAAGGGACCUAGGAAAAACUGGUAAUAAGGCCACUCUAGCAAUGGCUAGUUCGGAUGUGAAACCAAAAUCAAUAAGUCGUGCUAAAAAAUGGUCAGAAGAGAUAGAAAAUCUCUACAGAUUUCAGCAAGCAGGCUAUCGAGAUGAAAUUGAAUAUAAACAAGUGAAACAAGUUUCUAUGGUAGACCGCUGGCCAGAGACAGGAUAUGUGAAGAAACUCCAGAGGAGGGACAAUACUUUCUAUUACUACAACAAGCAGCGGGAGUGUGAUGACAAGGAGGUGCACAAAGUGAAGAUUUAUGCUUACUGACCUCUCCUUUGUAUCACUUGGUGAUGCUUGAAGACUCUGUGGCUUCCAUUCUGCAGCAUGUCAACGUCACUUUCCAGAACAAUUCACAGUAUUGUGAUUUUUAUUGGCAGAUCUUCAUGGAUUUGAAACACAAAAGCCAGGAAACUUGGCUUCUACUAAUUAUCCUAUCCUGUUCAGAAAUAUAGCUGCAGAUAUAUUAAAGGUGUACCCUUCUUGGCCCUAAUA